AUGGGCUCUGAGUCCCAUGGAUUACUGCAGGGAUUUUGUCUUGCUGUAAUCUCUAGAAAGAAAUCUACAAACAGCUGGGAGGACACGAUAGAUCAGCAUUCUUCCAUUGGAACACAGCACAAUUCAACUUUAAAGAACGGAGUUUAACCUACAUUUCAAAAUGAACCUGUUCUGCUUCUCGCUGGAAGGUUCUAUGGACAAUCUAUAUGAGCCAGUACAGAAUAUUCAAGAAACCUCAGAGAACUUUAUUUCCAGGGCAUGCAGCCCUCCUUGUACUUUCGUAAAGCCUGAGACACAUGAACGAUCUUUUUCAAUGGAAAAUGACCUAGCAGCAAGUCCUGUUUGCAACCUCACUCAACAGGAUGUGGAGCUGUCUGAUUUGGAAACUACCGAUGCAAAAAAGAAGAUAAAAAAGUCACUCAUACAGAAAUCGGUGUCAGAAAAUGAAGCGUUUGACAGGAGAGUCUGGAACACGGCAUACUGGCAGAACUCCAGGAGCCCUGACAACGAGUCCUACCUCCGAAGGCACUGUCACAUUGAAGACCUCAGUGAAGAAGAAUAUAUUAUGGGAGAUAGAACAAACUCGCUGACAAGAUUAAAGGAAGAAAAUAUUUCCCAGAUUCCAUCGUAUGAGCCCUGGAACCCAGCACAUAACCAGUGUUCAAAUUCUAAUGGAUGCACUAAUGAGAUGGAACUGGAUGACAAUAAAUCAGAAUCAAUGGGAACAUUAAAAAGAUUGCAAAAAAUGGUCAGAACAAAGAAAACCAAUGACGAUGUUAGACAUGCUUUGUUGCAGUCUCCCACCCAAGACAUUGAAGAGGAAGAAGAAGAAACAUUAGUGACGUGUAUGAAAUUGGGUAAAUCUCAGGAGAAAAAGACCACCAAGGACAUUGCCAGGAAAAGACAAGAAGCAGAACGUUCUGUGGAGGUGAAUUGUGCUUCCUUGGACAGAUCUGGAAACCUAAAGCGGAACAUUUCACGAGGCAUGGUCACAUGUCAGGAUAACCCCACCCAGUUCAUGACAAACUGGAAAACCUUUCCUAACAGCUUUGACCCAUUCUCAGCAUCACAGAUGGAAGGAUGGGAACACUGUGCAUGCUGCAACCAUUACUCCCAACUCCCACCUUCCUUCACCGACAUGGCCCUCCCGUAUGCUUGGCGUACCAGCAGUUUUGGAACUUUUGAUCGCUUCAAGAAACCUUCCAUUUCCAAAGCAGAAGACUUAAAUGAGGUGGGUGAUUCCGACAGUAUAUUUGAAGGAGGAGGACCUCCAGAUGGUGACAAGGCUUCCAAUCAUGGGGGAAGUUUGACUAAAAAGAUGAAAGCCAUCUCUCUGACCAUGAGGAAAAAGAUGGGCAAAAAGUACAUCAAGGCUCUGUCUGAGAGUGAAGAUGGAGAUGGGGCUUUUGCGGUGCGAGACAGUGACCCUACAGGUGGGCAUGCUGCUGACAAGUGCACUCUGCAAGCCAGUGAAUCCGUAGAAAGUCUUUACAGUCUGAAUAGCGGUCAGAGUUCAUCGAGCGGUGUAACAAGUUGCUCUGAUGGGACUAGCAACAGAGACAGUUUCAGACUUGAUGACGAUGUUCCUUAUACCGGACCAUUUUGUGGUCGAGCAAGAGUUCAUACCGACUCUACUCCUAGCCCGUAUGACACCGAUUCCCUAAAAAUCAAGAAAGGAGACAUUAUAGACAUUAUAUAUAAAACCCCCAUGGGCAUUUGGACUGGCAUGCUGAAUAACAAAAUUGGGAAUUUCAAAUUCAUAUACGUUGACAUAAUUUCUGAAGAGGAAACGCCUGUCCCAAGGAAGAUAGUGAGAAGGAAAAGUAAGCGGCCAAGGCCCAAGACAUUACAAGAACUUCUGGAAAGGUUCAAUCUACAGGAAUACAUGUCUAGCCUGUUGCUGAAUGGAUAUGAGUCACUAGAAGAUCUGAAGGACAUAAAUGAGAGCCAACUCUGUGAGCUGAACAUCACAAACCCCGAAGAAAGGAUGAGGUUUCUGGUGGCCAUAGAUAACCUACAAGAUCCUGACGGUGGACAAGAACCGGAUAAAGAAGCAGCGCCCUUGACACUCAGCCCUGACAUUUCCAAAAACAAAAGUGAACUUGAUUGUCCUCGAGAUUCAGGAUGCUACAUCACGUUGGAUAAUUCAGAAAACAACAAAGAGGAUACUGACUCCGAGAAAUUAUGUGAAGGUGUACAGAAAAUCACCAUUACAGAAUGCCCCUAACUCAAGUGGACAAGGAGACCAUCCAAACUUGCCACACAAAGCAUUCAGUGGGUCACACACCUUUAAAGUGUACAUUACCUGGAAAAGAUCUUCAUGUAUUACAGUAUUUAUUAACAAUGUAGAAAUAUCCAUGGACAUUCCACAAUUUAGACAACUUUACCUUUGGUAUUUCAGUAGAAGAUUGAGACAAUUGGUCUGGUUGAACAUGAUGGACUAGUAUUUUUAUUUAAACUUACCAACUAUGUAACAAUGUAACAACGAAGAGGCUUUGACACUGGCAGUCCACAUUUUUAGUUCAAUUUGAAGAAAGUUUUUUUAUUUUUUUUAUAUUGCGCUACUUUUUAUGCCAACAGAAACAAUUCACAGUGUGAGCUUGUCGAGUUUGUCACCUUAUGUUGUCCUGUGCAAUCAUUGUAAAUGACCCCAUGAAUUAGGUCUGUCUUGAUCACUGCAGGAUACAAAAGCACCGUACCUCAUUUAAAUGUCACUUUGUGAGCACAGUUCCAAGACUUACAUCUGCUAGGACACAUUCUCUGAUGCUCCCUCCCCUUGUAAAAGUCGCUGCUUAAUAGCACUGCAAAAUCUACCUGUAAAUAAAAAAAUUUGAUUAUA